GUCAAAUUAGACAAGUGUCAAAUAUAUAAUUAUUACACUUUUUGUAAGCACAAAACAGCCAGAGUUGGAUUUAUUGCACAAUAUUAUUUUAUAAGUCAUUCUUCGUUGCGACCACGUUGGGGGUCGACAUGUAAACAAGGAACAUUAUUUAACUUUUAAUAUUAGUGACAAAAAAUAACUUGCAAUGGCGUCUAAAUCAGAAAACGUUCGUGCUAGGAUCGUAAAGGCAUACGAAUUAGAUGAAAUUGAAAAAUUAAUCAAGGAUGCGAAAGUCGCACAUGUUAUGCUUACUGAGGCACCUCCACUGGUCGAUGAGGCAAGUGUAUUGACCCGCCUCAGUGCUCUCACUCUCCGAAGCUCAGAUGGUAUUAGUUGUUCCUGUUGUGGUGUUGGCCCAUUCACCACCAGAGCACAACAGACUGCGCAUUAUAAACACCACUGGCAUACGCAUAAUCUGAAGAGGAAGCUGUUUGGCCGGAAACCUAUUAGUCUUGGAGAAUAUACUGCUCGUCAAGAUGAAAGCUCAAACGUGUCAGCUAGUGAUUCCGAAGCUGACGACAAUCCUGAUGCUGCAGCUACUGAGCUGUUUGCACUUGCCACUCGGCACUGCAAGGCAUUCUACUCUAACCCCAAGGGGCAGGUGUUCUGUAUUUACCGCUGUUUGCUGCACCAUAGGAAGGAAGAGAUGUCACACGACGGCGAGGGUCAUUUUUGGGCUCGUCGUUUGAAGGAACUCCUUAGUCCAGGCUUCGGACGCUGGGCUGUACUGAUGGUGUCUGGUGGUCAUUUCGCUGGUUGCAUCUUUACUGGAGGCAGUGACGCUAUCCACAAGACUCUUCAUUCGUACACCACGCGAAGGGGCCAGGGCAUGGCGCAAGCAACCAGGGAUCAAUCUGGCAACGCUCCGAAGUCAGCAGGUGCAAGCUUGAGGAGAUACAACCAGGAGCAGUUCCUUGCGGCCAACAGACUGCCUCGGACGGCUGGUCCGCUCUUGAGACGCUUCAAGUACAACAAAGAAGAGUUCUUAAUGCACGUCCAAAAUAUUCUGGUUAGCUGGAAUGAUGACCUGAAAGGCUGUUCGCUGGUGUUCUACCGGGCUGUGGGGACGAUCAAUCAGGCUGCCCUCUUCGGGAAACCAUCGCCUUUGAGGAAAGAGGACCCGAGGGUCAGGCAACUGCCCUUCCCAACUAGGAGACCUUCUUUCAAAGAGGUCAAAAGAGUGUUCCAAACGUUGGCCAGUAUUGAAGUUUAUGAAUCGUUGCAAGACUUCCAAAAAGGGCUGCUGGCUCUUAAUGGCGGUAAAAUUCCAUCGAAAAACAACUCGGACACUAAUAUCAAAAAAUCACAAAAACAACCAGCAAAAACAUUUGACAGAGCUAAAUCUAGAGAACGCGCUCCCCGCGAGCUCCCCACCCAAGUGACGUCAAGCGAAGACGAGGGUCCUUGCUACAUCGACUCGGAGACACCAGCCGGUUGGAUCAAAACCCUAUCAGAGCAAAGCAGUAACGGCAUAAUCACGAACUCACGGAAAGAUCUCCUCAACGACUGUGUGAUCACUAGCUGUGUGGACUCAGAGAGUGAGAAAGAGAUCGUAGAGAAAAAAGAAGAACCGAGAAGAAAGAAGAAGGUUAACAAGAAACCUGAUGAUAAGGCUGUGCCUGUCAAGAAGGGACCUCCUAAGAUUCCUGCUAGUGUUAAGAAUAUGUGGAGAUCAAUUUCGGACAAGGACAGCACUAGUCUCGAUACAAUUAUUGAAGCGUUCGAGGGUGACAUUCAAGCAGCUUGCAACACCCAGGACCCUAUUGAUGGCAACACUGCCUUGCAUAAGGCGGCCAUUGCUGCUAAACCAGAGAUGGUCACUCAGAUCCUGUCAGCGGGCGGGGACCCUUGCAUCAAGAACCACGACCUGCAGACUCCGUACGCGGCCACGCCUCACGCAGACACCAGGAUCGCCUUCCGAAUGUUCCAGGCACAACAUCCCGACAAAUACAACUAUUCCAAGUCCCAAAUCCCUGGUCCAGUGACUCCAGAGCAGUUAGAACAAGAGAAAGAGAGGAAAGCACAGCAGAAGAAGGCGAAACGUCAGCGAGAGAAAGAGAGGCAGGUUGAUAAGAUGAAGGGAAACGCGUUCCUACUACUUAGUGACGACCAAAAGCUGCAAUAUCUAGCUAUGGAUAAUGAAGUUGUUAAUCAUGGUCUUUUAUUCCUCAGAGAAAAGUUCCAGAGCAAGAACAAAGGUGCUUCCUAUGCGGUAGUCAGCUGCCCAAAGUACCGUUCGAGUACGACGGGUGCAAGUUCUGCCAGAUCCCCUGCCUUCACAGCCAUCGGAAGAUCAGGCCGUUAA